AUGCCACAUUUCCCCAUGAGUACGGGACUCCAGUCGAGCCAAGAUGCAUCUAGCGAUGCCCAGCAUGCCUCAAUCAAAAUCAAGAACCGUCGGAAGCGGUACUUGGAUCUGCAUCCCGAGUACUUUACGGCGGAUCUCGAGCUAGCCGAUCCUUUAUUGUACGAUCGCCUCAUCCGCCGAUUCCAAACCCCGCAAGAAAGGGAAGCACAAGGGCGCGCCAAGGGGUUCUCGGGAGUCCUGCAGACAGAUCUGAUGCGUUCUGAAGCGAAAAUGGACGCGCUCGCCCAUCCGGAUCCCAACUCUAUGCUAAGCUAUACGCGUGGUCCCAACGGGGAGAUCCUGGCCGAGGAUCGCGAUGAUAUCCCAGCUAGCAAAGAGGAGGGCGAGAAGGCUUGGCAGUGGGAGAUGGGCUUGCGAUUCAUGCGAGGCGACGACCCAGACUUUGAUUACAAGACUGUCGAUGAAAACGACGAGUACGACGACUGGACGGAACAACAGGAUAAAUACUUUGAAGAUGAGGAGCCUGAAUGGGUGGUUGGUGACGCUCGAGGCGACGAUGCCCAGGCCAAGCUACAGGGCGAGACUGGCAUUCAGGAUUUCUGA